AUUGGGAUAAAAGAGGCAGUAACUAAGAGGUGAAGGGGCGAAUGUACUAAUUGUGUUAAAAGUAGGGGCCAAUUGUAUUUACACAAUUAGACCGCAUUACGUCUAAGAAUGCAAAUUUCACCCUCCAUUUUGGGGUUUUAGACAAAACCUCUAAAAAUGCCGCCACCGUCUCCUCCGCCGGGGGCGCUAACCAAACCUAACAAGCCCUACUUCUUCUACGGCCACCGGAAACCCACCCAGAGCCGCCCCACCGUCCGCGGCGGCCUCUUCUCCAACCGCCAAACCGUGAACCCGGAGAAUUUCCGCCGCCGCACCGCCGCGCACGAGCCCUUCGACCUCCAGAAAUGGGAUCCCGACGACGAAGCCAACCGGAAACCGCCGUACGGAAAAGACCCAUCGGAGAAAUUCUUUUCCCUGGCGAAGAAUUUAUCCCCAAUUGCGAGGUACAUCGUCGACGCUUUCAGAAAACACAAGCAGUGGAGCCCUCAGCUCGUGCAGGAGCUCAAUCGCCUGCGGCGCGUGACGCCCACGCUCGUUACUGAGGUUUUGAAGUUUCCCGAUGUUGAUCCUAGAGUCUCCUCCAAAUUUUUUCAUUGGGCUGGAAAACAGAAAGGCUACAAGCACGAUUUCGCGUGUUACAACGCCUACGCUUAUUUUCUAAACCGGUCGAAUCAUUUUCGAGAAGCCGACCAAUUGCCCGAAUUAAUGCACAUGCAAGGAAAGCCACCUACCGAGAAACAGUUCGAAAUCUUGAUCAGAAUGCACGCCGAUUCGAACCGUGGUCUCAGGGUACACUACGUCUACGAAAAAAUGAAGAAAUUCGGCGUCAAGCCGAGAGUCUUUCUCUACAACAGAAUCAUGGAUGCGUUGGUCAAGACGAACCAUCUCGAUUUAGCGAUGUCCGUUUAUCGCGAUUUUAAGGAGGAGGGUCUGUCGGAAGAGAAUGUUACGUACAUGAUCUUGAUCAAGGGUUUGUGUAAGGCGGGGCGUCUGGACGAAAUGUUUGACCUUGUUGACCGAAUGAGGAAAAAUCUCUGCAAACCGGACGUGUUUGCGUACACGGCGAUGGUGAAGGUUUUGGUUUCGGAGGGAAAUUUGAACGGUUGUUUGACGGUGUGGGAGGAAAUGAAAAAAGAUGGUGUUGAACCGGAUUCGAUGGCUUAUUCGACUCUAAUCAUGGCGCUUUGCGAGGGUAAAUUUGUCGAUAAAGGUUACGAAUUGUUUAAGGAGAUGAAAGGGAGGAAUUGUUUGAUAGAUAGGGCGAUUUACGGAUCUUUAAUCGAGGCGUAUGUAGUUGAUGGGAAGGUGGGCUCGGCUUGUGAUUUGCUAAAAGAUUUGAUAAACUCGGGAUAUAGAGCCGAUUUGGCGAUAUAUAACUCGUUGAUUAAAGGCUUGUGCAAUUCGAAAUUGGUCGAUCGGGCUUAUAAACUUUUCCAAGCCGCAAUCCGAGAGGAUCUCCAGCCGGAUUUUAAUACGGUUAAUCCGAUUUUAAUUUGUUACGCGGAGUUGAAGAAAUUGCACGAUUUUUGUAAAUUGCUCGAGCAAAUGGAGAAAUUGGGGUUUUCUAUAAACGAAAGUCUACUCGAUUUCUUUUCCUGCGUUGUAGAAACGAACGACGGAGUGGCUACGGCUUUAGAAGUUUUCGAGUUCUUGAAAAUACGUAACUAUAUUAAUGUUCCGAUUUACAAUAUACUAAUGGACGCCCUUUUCAAGAACGGCGACGAAAAGAAGGCAUUAUUGCUCUUCCACGAACUCAAAGAUGCUGACCUGGCGCCCGACUCGUCGACUUUAUGCAUAGCGAUUUCGUGUUACAUAAAAAUCGGAGACGUACGCGAGGCGUGCAAUACGUACAACACGAUUAAGGAAAUGUCUUCAGUUCCUUCGCUCGAUGCUUACUAUGCUCUAGUGAAAGGGCUUUCUGAUAUCGGCGAGGUGGAUGCCGCUAUGGUGCUUGUUCGAGACUGCCUGGCCCACGUGACAGGUGGACCAAUGGAAUUCAAGUACGCGCUGACGAUUAUCCAUGUCUGUAAAUCGAACGACGCGAGGAAGGUGAUUGAGGUUGUGGGAGAAAUGGCGGAGCAGGGUUGUACUCCGAGCAGUAUUACUUGUACGGCCGUCGUGUACGGUAUGUGCAAGCAUGGGAGUAUCGAGGAGGCGAGGAAUGUGUUCUUGAGCAUGAGAGAGUCGAAGUUUAUUACGGAAGCUGAUGUCAUCGUUUACGAUGAGUUCCUUGUUGACCACAUGAAAGAGACGACUGCGGAUUUGGUGUUGUCCGGGAUUAAAUUCUUUGGUUUGGAGUCGAAAUUGAAGGCGAAGGGUGUGGUUAUAAAUAGAUGAUAUUAACGCUCGAUAGGGAGAAGUAUAAGGCCCCGUUUGGUUCGCAAGAUAAGAUUAUGUAAUCUUAUGAGGUGCAACGCGCCAACACACAAUAAGCCAAGAAUGAAGAGGUAAAUUACGGCCACCCCUGAGUUAUGGUCAAAUUACGAAAAUCCCCCUCUUGUUUGGAUAAUUACAGCCACCCCGUUAACUAUGUAUACGGAGGUAAAUUUGGGAUGUUAAUUUGGUAAAACCGAACCGAAAUUUCGGUACGCCAACAUUUCAUACCGUUUACCGAACUAAAUAUACGAUUUGGUUCGAUAAAUAACUGAAUUACAUAAAUUUUAUGUAAAAAUAUCUAAAAGGAGGGGAAAGGAGGGGUGUGAGUAAUCACCCAAACAAGAGGGGUUUUUUCGUAAUUUUGCCAAACCUCAGGGGUGGCCGUAAUUUGCCCUUAUAUUUGUGAUAAAACUUUCGAAUACGAAUGUCCCUGUACAGGUGUCGGCAUGUGAUUGGGUACCGAUUCAAUCCAUCCGUUGUAGUAUUUGGAGAUCUGCGCAUAUUUUGUAUCUUGAAAAAAAAUUACGGUUAUUAAAUCUAAUCGAUUUUC